CCUAGACACAGAGAUUAGUACUAAAAGCUUAGGACUAUGACAGGAUUGGGCUCUUCAUGUGGAGCAUGCAAGUUCCUGAGGAGAAAAUGCACAGGUGAAUGUGUGUUUGUUCCUUACUUCUGCUAUGACCAAGCUGCAGACCAUUUUGCAGCAGUGCACAAGGUGUUUGGUGCAAGCAAUGUGUCCAAGCUGCUGUUACACUUACCGGUACAAAAUCGAAGUGAUGCUGCUAUCACCAUGUCUUAUGAAGCACUAGCUCGAAUGCGCGACCCUGUGUAUGGAUGUUUCUCACAAAUCUUUGCACUCCAACAACAGGUCGCCUACUUACAAGAGGAGAUCGAAACUCUCGGGAACCAAAUGGUUAAUUUUGCAACUGGCCAUUCAAGUAACUCAUUCAGUGAGCUACAAGUAUUUUCACAACAUGAUGCUGUUGAGACACAAUAUCUUCAGAGUCAAUUACCAGAACCGCUACUACUUCCCGUUAUGGAAAAUGCAACUGCCAACCAGGGAUUUAACAGUCAGAUGGAUAUACAGAUGCCUCCUUUGCAUGAAUGGGAAGAAUUAAACCUAUUUGGUGAUCAGUCUGUGCCUGACCCUUUAGAGAGAUUUCUUGAAAGUCCCCGAGAGAACUUGGGACAUAAUCCAUGGUUGAAUGAGACUGCCAACACCAGGAACUAUAAUAAAGGUUCUAGUUGGGAUUUAUAUUAGCUUUCAAAAGAAAAAGCAGGAGCUAAUCCAAUGUCAGAAAUCCAUAUGUCUAGGAGAGGACAAAUUUUGUACUGGCCUAGAAGCCAUGAUUUUGCAAUCUGGUCAAAUGGCCAAAGUUUGUGAGUCUUUUCCUUCUUUUGGUUUUCUUCAUCCGCUCAGCUUGUCAAAGUUGUUGGAUUUGGUAGUUUUUCUGUGAAUAUGCUCCUUCUAUAUCAGGUAAGCAUCCUU